AUGAAAAAAAUACUAGUUCUUUUAUACACAUUAUCCGCCUUAAUCCUAUUCGUUCAUUCGCUAACGUCAAUUAACUGUACGUGUGAUACUAGCUCCAUUCAAUGUAAUGUAUUGAGUUCAGAUGUUAUUCUCACAAAUCCGUGUUCGAGUGUAAAUCCGGUGAUACUGAAUGGAAGUAUGCAGUUAUUGAACGGUGUUCAGUUGCCAACAUUUCCUGGAAUACAGAUAUUGACUGUGCAGAAUUUUCUUCUAUAUGGCCAGAUAUUAGAUAAAUUUCCUGCACUUACCACUCUCACUAUCACCAAAUGUGUGUACAAUGCCACAGCAAAAUUUCUGGAACCAUCAUCCAAUGCCACCAUAACGAAUUUAACAAUGUCAAACAACAAUCUGUUGGACGGCUUGAUACCAGAGAAUACGUUCGAAGAGCUAGAUGACUUAACGACGGUCACGCUCAUCGAGCCUAAACUGAAUACCACGUCAAUAUCGAUAAAUUCUGAAAGAAAAUUAGCCACCCUAGUUCUCGAACUCGGUUUCUACCAACAAUUUGACUUGAACGAUUGGACGGACCCAUUGCUGUUUUUGUCGACGUUUGAAAUACGAAAUCUUACCACGCUGAACGUUUUUCCCGCCGGUUUCUUUAGUCGUUUUUACAAUUUGAAAACGUUAACAUUAGGCGGUACAUAUCGAUUGACAAACAAAAAUAUUUGUGCAUUCUGCCGUUAUCCCCAACCACCCGGAGGACCAAUAAUCGUGUUUAACUCUGCUAACAUGCCUCAGAGUGACACAUGUGUACAAAUGUAUGUCGAUGCUAUUUCGGAAUCAGACGACUGUGAUUUACCAUGUGGAACGGAAUCAUCGUGUGAAACAUACGCGGAGAAAUCGAAUUCGUGUGAUUUCAAUGAUGUUGAGGAGAAGUGUAAUGUAAUACGUCCAGAUUCCAGUCAUUCAGAAUCAUUCACAUACAAAGACAGUUGUCUUUCUAAGCGUAUCGAUGCAAUGGGGGAUAAUGACGAUGAUCCAUCGAUUUCUCCAUCACCACCAAAAUCCGAUCAACCGAAUUCGAUCAAUGUCGGAGCGGUCGUUGGUGCCAUUGUCGGUCUCACAGUAUCGGUCAUUGUUCUUUGUAUUACUAUCUUCUGUGUUCAUCGAUAUCGACAAAAGAACAAAAUGUACAUCCACUCCGAAGAUAAAUAUCGACGAAAAUCAAACGCAGAUUCGUACACAACGCAAGUUUCUGUAGCCACGAGUAAAUCCACCGGUGAACCACUUUUCUCAGAAAACAAAAAUGCCGUCGUUGCACCACCGCUAUACAAUGUGUCACAAACACCCUCUUCUCUUUAUCUUCCAUCAGCACCACCUCGAUCCAGCGUCUCCACUCAAGCAACACAUUUCUAUGAAGAAGUGUUGAACACAUAA